AUUUCAUAACAAGUUAUUUAAGACAAUUUCACUCUUUUAAACGUCCGUCACACGCACGAGGAAGCAAAAGGGGAAAAUAAACUCAGCUCUGUCAUUCUUGUUGUAUCAACCGCACAACAGCCACCACCGCACGUCCGAUUGCCGUCUCCGCCGUCUUCCUUGCUGCAUCGCCUUGGCCAGUCGCCCAGCUCCGACAUCUUGUCGGCAAACCGUUUUUAGUUGAAACUCAUCUCGUCCGGUCUUGCAUCCGUUGUCCUUCCACCAUUCGUUGCUUUGUCCUCCUCGGAUCGGUGAGAUUCUUGAAGUUUUAAUGUCCAAUUUCAAAUGGGUUAUGAUGAAGGUGGAGCUGCAUAAUUCUGUUUGUAUUUGUUUAUUGUUUGGAAUUUCAUUGAUAUUCUACCCUGCAGUUGGCUCUUUCCUUGAUGGCAUUUCACACUCUAGUAAGGUUGGAAGACAUAUUAUGGAAUCCUAUUAUGAAAAACACGAAAGUUUUAUUGAUUCACUUUUUGAUGAUUUCCUGACACGAGAUCUUCCCGUCAACAUAUGCGAAGUUUUACCAAGCGAUCUAAAUACAUUGCUAAGUCUCUCAAUUUGGUCAAGAAUCAAGGGUGACGGUUCUCACCGUCAACUUUCAUCGACCAUCAAGUUCAAAAUUGAAAAAUCCCUGUUUCAUGUUCCCACACACCACUGUAAGUUUAUAAUCAUUGAACGACUACCAUCGGGAGUUUUUGUUGACCCAUUUGAAUUGGAACAUCUUCUUCAUCGAGCUGUAUUUAGUGAUGUAGCUGUUUUUGGAGAUACAAAUUUGGAAUUGCCUUCAGUCCUCUCCAACAUUUCUGUUGUCGAGGUUCACAAGGACAUUGGUCUCAAUAUCUUGUCACACAACAAGAAUCUGAUUGAUUUCACCGUUGAUCUGCCUUUACAUUCACGAUAUCCACGAUUGGAUGAAAGUGGUUACGUGGAAGUUAGACUGAAGGCUCCAGACUUGUUUUUGCAGUGUAGUAUACAGGAAAAACCACACAAUAGGACCUGUUUUUUUAGGUUGGAAACUGAUGAUGAAGAGGCAGAUCUUACAUGGUCGAUACCAGCAGGUAAACGAUCUGAUGCUGGAGUUGUUAGCGCUAUUACUUUUGUUUCUGCUUUGUUAUCAGUACUAUGCAUUGUAUUUUCUACACAAGUUAGACAACCCAAAGUUUUGAAGCAAUGUUAACUGAUUCAACAAUUCUUCUUCUUUUCAAGAGUACGUUUAGUCUUGAGCCUGCUCAAGAGGUGUAACAUUUUGGUUGGGAUACAAAUUUUGGUUCACGUGGUUUGAAGGAAGUUAAAAUUUAUUUACUAUGAUUUAAAAAUGGUUGGGAUA